ACAGUAAUUCUUCUUUGGUGGCUUGUCGUGAUGAUAUUUUAAUGCACCGAUCGAUCAAUCCCAAUGAAUUACAUCUGUAUCAAUAAAAUAGUUUGCAUUAAUUUAUUCACUAACCGAUGGGAGGGGAAUGGGAGUGGUACGCGACACAAUCCCGAGUGGGACGCGACACUCGAAGAAUUUGUAGCAAUAAUCAAAAGAAUUCAAAUUGAAUUAAUAUCUAAACAUGUACCGAAGAACAAAUAUAGUAUUAUAAAUAAGAUAAAACUGCUCGCAACUGACCAACUAGCAAGCAGUUGGAUGGUGAAACUUAAUAAAUCAUUAAAAGGAGUCGAAGAAAAUUACGGUCCGGCCAUGCAAACAGUCAAAGAAGACGGUGAACGAUGAAUACGAUGGACCCGCCCCGGCCAGAGACGAAACAAAAAAUUUAAAAGAUUUUUUCAAGACAUAUAAUUCAGCGAUGACAUCAAUAGAACCCGACAAUAU